AUGAAGGUCGUUUUGAUAUUACUGGUAAUAUUGCAUGCCACGUCAUACGCAACUACUAACGCUCUGGUAUGUAACGAGGGUUUCAACGUAUCAUUGGGAGGAAUUCCACUUUAUCACUGGUCUGAACGAAACUGUACGAGUUUUAGCAAAUGCUUUGGACAAGUUUUAAUAACCAGGAUUUCCGCACUUGGAAAUGUGGAGUUGAGAUAUGGCGCGUGUAUUACAAGUUCUUAUGCCAACCUGCUGAAUUGUGAAGAUAUGUUUGGACCAGAAAGUACCGUUGACCCUUCUCAGCUAUUAAAUUUGGUUCCAGAUAUUGAGAAACGCCUCAAUGAUUUAUAUCUGGAUUUUGUAUAUGGAAGGAUGAAUGAAAUCACGAAAUUAUUGUCAAGAGGGGAGAAUAUAGAUGAAUUUGUAUCAGGUUUUGUCAAGUUCAUGGAACACAUCGGUUUCAACAUGAUAAAGUUUAAACCUUUACAAUCAUCUUUGAGCAAAUUGAUCACUACGCUUUUCAAUGCGUCGGAUUGGGUAACGACUAAUUCAACAGUAUAUGAAUUUUUCAUUGAAUUAGGCGAUCUUGACACAGACAACGCGAGAUUCUCACGUCACAUUUUCAAGUUUAUGGAGAAUUUUUUCCCUAAAGAAUACUACAUAUCGAUUAAAACAGAUAUUAUCGUAAAAAAUUCCGUCGAGAAAGUUCCGGGACUAUUAGAAUCAAUGUUCCCGAUCAACUCAAAUUUAUCAUUAUGGUAUUAUGUGAUUUUCGAUGUUUUAGGAAACAUUAAUACCACCCAGCCAAAGAAAAGUGUAGCAGAUUCCAUAUCGAUCAUAAGAUCAGCGUACAAUAUUCCCGAGGAAGUGUCAAAGGUCAUAGAUCCAGUAUUAAACGCUUUACCAGAUUUAUUUCAUCAAUUGUCUUAUCCAAAUUCCACUUCUCUCAUCACUUGGUAUCUUGACUUGUUGGAAGCCUACACUCAAAGGAAUAAUGCGACCGAAGCUCUGGGGGUAGCACUUACACAUUUCAUCAGCAAAGCCGCUCAUUGGACAAUACCGUAUGAAUUCAAAACUACAUUAGAGUGGAUGCCAGGUUUUUUCUAUAAAUAUGUUCCAUCGGAUAAAUUGCUUCUAGAAAAGACGUAUCGCAAAAUAGAAAACGGGCUCAAAUCAUUCAACUUCAGUAAUCUGGAUGACACAGCUAAACCUACAAAAUUGAGUAACUUUGUUCUGAGCUUUGCACGAGUAAUAGGGAAUGGCUUCUUUAAUACAUCAAGAGAACGUGCAUAUGUUAUUAACUUAUCAGCAAUGUUUUAUGACCUAUUUUCUAAUUAUACGACUCAGUUAGAUGAUUUCUUUCAAAUUCUCACUGAUGGAUUUCAGCAUUUUCCGAAUUUUGAUGCCGGGAAAAUUAUUUCAAACUUAACUAUCGCAAUGGGUGGACAAAUUCCUCAAGAAGUUCAGCCAUUUCUGGAUAAUCUACAAUUUGUCAUGAAUAAGACUUUCUUUGAAAAAUUUAUCAAUGCAACAUAUAUGGUCAAAUCCUACAGCACGUUCAUCGUAGCAUACAAAAAAUACUUUUCUGGUUCCGAAUUUCCUGCUAUUUUUCAACAGCUUAUUGACAGUCUGGUGAAUAUGUUUUUGCCAACUCAUGCUUGGACUUUUCGAGAACACCAAAAAAUUCUUACUUUGAGGUCGUUAUACCUUAUUAUAGAUGUAGAUUUUGCGAUGUUUAGAAUUUACAACAUUAGCACUUCGAUUUCUAAAACCCCAUUUCCUAGUUCACAGGACCAUGGAUUGUACAUGCGUUUAAUGUCGGUAAUGGACCCGAAUGACGUUAAGCAACUUGCCAAAGAAAUCGUUGAAUGGAGUUUCAAUUUUAGUUCAACAUCACCUAGUCACACUUCAUUUGCCGAUGCAACGCGCUCCUCUAUCAGUGUUAUAACAUCGAAAUUUACCAAAACCAUCAUUCGAGAUCUUCGGAGUAUAUUUUCUCCCGAUAUUUGUAAAUUUGGAUUUUGUAACUCCGAUUUGUGUAACACUCACACAUACAUUGAGAAUCAAAAUGAGUUUAUCAAACCCACGCAGCCAACUACAACAACAAGUUUACAAUCUACAACAGCACUCGUCACAAAAAGUAAGAAGAGUCACGUUCUAUUUGACAGUUGA